AAUCCAACAUUCUAAUCCUCAACCAGCAACGCACUGCCGAACAGUACGUGUUAGUGUGUGCACGAUGUCGGUGCUGCAGCUUCUACUCUAUGUUGUCUUCCAAACGGUCUUGUUGGCCUGGUCGGCGACCGGCCACUUGGCUGUGCGCACCGACCUCACGCACGUCGACAGCGCCCGCGGCUUGACCAAACACAACCUGCUCCGCCGGAUGGCUGCUCGGACGCAGGCCCGCGUAAGCAAGCGGUGGUCACCGCCGCGGUCACGGCCGGGCGGUAGCGCCACGGUGACCGCAGCAGCGUCCCGCGACGAGGAUAACCCUAAUUCCGAGUACCUCAUGCACUUGGGCGUCGGCACGCCGCACCCGCAGCGCGUGUCGCUGGCGCUGGAUACCAGCAGCGACCUCAUCUGGACGCAGUGCGCCUGCGCGGUGUGCUUCGACCAGACGUCCCCAGCCCUCGACACUUCCACCUCCGGCACCCAACGCGGUGUGUCGUGCUUCGACCCCGUCUGCGCGCACGGGGGGCUCCCGUUCUCCGGGUGCACCCUCAAGGACAACCUGUGCUUCUACGCCUACUCCUACCCUGACAACUCCGUCACGACGGGCAAGAUCUACGAAGACACCUUCACCUUCCAGGCGCCCGGCGACGAGGUCGCCGCCAUGUCCGUGCCCAGCCUCCGCUUCGGAUGUGGCAUGUACAACAAGGGCACCUUCGAGUCGGGCAUCGCCGGCUUCGGCCGCGGUCCGAUGUCUCUACCGUCGCAGCUCAAGGUCAGCAGGUUCUCCCACUGCUUCACCACCAUCGGAGAUUCCAGGACCAGCCCCGUGUUCCUCGGUACCGCGCCAGACAACCUCGAAGUGCAGGCCACGGGGCCCAUCCAAUCCACCCCGUUCGCCCCAAGCCCCGACGGCCCCAACAGCUCGCUCUACUACCUCUCGCUCAAUGGCAUCACUGUCGGCAACAGGCGGCUGCCCUUCGACGCGUCGACGUUCGCGGUCAAGGGUGACGGCUCCGGCGGGACGACCAUCGACUCCGGCACGGCCAUCACCACCGUCCCGUCGGCCGUGUUCCAGGCACUGAGGGAUGAGUUCCUGAGGCAGGUACCGCUGCCUGCCCUUGAUGUGUCCAUCGAUGACACCGAGGUGUUGUGCUUCUCCACCACCACCUCGUCGUCCAAGCAGAAGCUGCCCGCCAUGCCCAAGCUCAUCUUUCAUCUGGAGGGCGCGGACUGGGACCUUCCGGAGAAGAACUAUGUGCUGCAUUUCGACGAGGACUUCAACUCCGGGCUCUGCGUGGUGGUAUCUUCGUCGGGCGACAGCGACGUCACCAUCAUUGGCAACUUCCAGCAGCAGAACAUUCACAUGGAGUACGACCUGGAGACCAACAGGCUGGGCUUCGUGCCAGCGCGCUGCGACAAGCUCUGACUUAACCUGCAUGCACGGCCAUGCAUGCCUCAACUGCUUACGUUCCUGCUAGUGCUAGUAAAACAAAAACCAGCGCACGAAUAGGAACAUGCAUGCAUGUACGUGUUCUCUAUAUAUGUACCCGUGCUAAAUAAACAAGGCGACCCAGAAGCUAUUUGAUUGUA